AUGGCGGAGAAAGGAGGGCGCCCGGGCCGUUGGGAGCGAGCCCUGCUUUGGUACGUGGUGGUGGCGGCGUGGGAGGUGGCGUGGGGGCAGCUGCGCUACUCGGUUCCCGAGGAGCUGCCGAAGGGCUCGUUCGUGGGCGACGUGGCCAAGGACCUCGGGCUGGAUAUGCCGGUGCUCCGCGCCCGAGGCGCCCGCGUUUUUGACACAGGUAGGACGCAGUACUUUGUUUUCGACUUGCAAAACGGCCACUUAUCUAUGAAGGAGCGGGUGGACAGAGAGGAGAUAUGCGCAGCUGUUGCUAAAUGCGUUCUAAAUUUUGAGCUUCUUCUUAAAAAUCCAAUGAACCUUUACAGAGGGGAGGUAGAAAUACUUGAUAUUAAUGAUAAUUCGCCAAGUUUCUCAGAAAGGAACAGCGUCUUGGAAAUCAGCGAGUAUACUGCACCGGGCACGCGUUUCCCGUUGGAGAAAGCUCAAGACCCUGACAUAGGAGUGAACUCUUUACAGAAUUACGAGUGUAGCGAGAGCACCUAUUUCACCUUGGACGUGAAAAACGGAGAUGACGGUAUGAAAUAUCCGGAAUUAAUAUUGGUAAAAUCUUUGGAUAGGGAACUGCAGGCUGCUCAUACUUUAAUCCUAACAGCCAUAGACAGCGGGACUCCUGUGAGAUCGGGAUCGACAACAAUCCAAAUCAUUGUUUUAGAUGGAAACGACAAUGCUCCGGAAUUUACUCAGCCCAUUUAUAAGGUGACCGUGAGAGAAGACGCGCCCGUGGGAAGUCGGGUGUUACAAGUGACAGCGACUGACAGAGACGAAGGGCCAAACGCCCAGGUGAAGUAUUCGUUCUUUAAAAUCCCGGAGAAGUUCGACAAGACUUUUAAGCUAGACCCGGAAAGUGGAGAAAUUGAGAUAACAGAGAAGCUGAAUUUCGAGGAACCGAAGUUUUACGAACUGGAUGUGCAGGCUCGGGACGCGGGUGGGCUCUCGACCCACAGCAAGGUCAUCAUCACGGUCGCUGAUGUGAACAACCACAUCCCCGAGAUUGUCAUUAUGUCCGUGUUCAGUCCGGUCCCAGAAGAUACACCUCUGGGGACAGUCAUUGCAAUUUUCAACGUCCAAGACAGGGACUCGGGGGCCAACGGAGACGUGCGGUGCAGCAUUGCCGAGAGCCUCCCGUUCCGUCUGGAGAAGACGUUCGAGGACUACUAUCGCGUGGUGACUGCACAGGAGCUGGACCGGGAGGAGGUGUCGGCGUACAACGUGACGGUGCGGGCGUCGGACAGCGGGUCGCCGCCGCUGUGGAGCAGCGCGGUGCUGGCGCUGCGCGUGCUGGACGUGAACGACAACGCGCCGGUGUUCGCGGAGGCGCGCUACAGCGCCCGUGUGCCCGAGAACAACGCGGCGGGCGCGCUGGUGCUGACGGUGCGGGCGUCGGACGCGGACUGGGGUCAGAACGCGCGCGUGCGGUACCGGCUGUGGGAGGGUCGGGUGCGCGGCGCGGCGCUGUCGUCGUACGUGUCGGUGCAGGCGGAGACGGGCGUGUCGCUCACGGCCGACUCGCGCAAGAGCCAGCUCCGCUUCUCGGGCGGCAGCUGCUGCGACACCCUGCCGGCCCGCCCGCCGGCUGAUUCUUCAGGUGAUCUCGUCCCUACAGGAGAUCAGGUUGCCGAGAAUGAUGGCCAAGUUUCCUUUCAGCUGCCGGCUCGCAAGCUGCGGAUAGUUUCUGGUGACGAAAAGCAAUACUUCACUCUCGGGGAAGAUAAUACAAAUCUGCGGGUGAACCAGAGGAUAGACCGAGAGGAAAUCUGCGGGGCCGUGUCGCCCUGUGUCCUCAGUCUGGAGGCAGUCGUGGAAAACCCUUUCAAUAUAUUUCAUGUAAGCGUUACUAUCCAGGAUAUCAAUGACAACGCGCCGCAGUUUGACAGAGAAUUUGUUGCCAUAGAAAUGAUCGAGUCCACUCCUCCUGGGGCCAGGUUCCCACUGGGCAGUGGCAGAGACCCAGACACUGGGGUGAACUCACUACAAAAUUACCAACUUAAUCCAAACCCGCUCUUCUCCCUUGUAGUAAGGGAGAGUCCUGAUGGGACGAAACACGCGGAAUUGGUACUGGAGAAAAGCUUAGAUCGAGAAAAACAGAGAAAUCACCAUUUGGUACUGACGGCAGUGGAUGGUGGGGAUCCAGUCCGAUCCGGGACCGCCCAGAUUAAGAUUAACGUGACCGACGCAAAUGACAACUCGCCGGUAUUUACCAAAGAGAUCUACAAGGUUCGACUGCUGGAAAACCUGCCAGAGGGCUCCUUAGCUUUUCAGGUGAAAGCUACUGACGGCGACGAAGGCAUAAAUGCAGAAAUUACCUACUCUUUCAGUGACAUCCCGAACAGGGCUCGCCAGCUUUUCAGUCUGGACUCCAAGACAGGGGACGUGAAGAUAACAGGCCCCUUGGAUUAUGAAGAAAGGAAAUAUUACGAAGCGAGUGUUGAAGGCAAGGACGGGGGUGGACUGACUGCGCACGCCAAAGUGCACAUAGACAUUAUAGACGUGAACGACAAUGCGCCAACCCUUUCUCUCCUGCCUAUCUUGAACCCGAUACCCGAAGACUCGGUCCAGAGCACAGUUGUAGCUGUGAUUAAUGUCCGUGACAGAGACUCGGGGGAUAACGGAGAAGUGAGCUGCAACAUCGACGGCCAUUUGCCUUUCAGACUAGAACCGUCAUCAGGGAACACUUAUAAACUAAUACUAGCAAGUGCCCUGGACAGGGAAAAGGUCUCCGCUUACAACAUCACCAUCACUGCCAGGGACCGGGGCAGCCCGGCGCUGUGGAGCCGCGCGGCGCUGGUGCUGGAGGUGUCGGACGUGAACGACAACGCGCCGGUGUUCGAGGAGGCCGCCUACAGCGCCUACGUGGCGGAGAACAACGCGGCGGGCGCGGAGGUGGUGCGCGUGCGCGCGCGGGACGCGGACGCGGGCGCCAACGGGCGCGUGAGCUACUGGCUGGUGUCGCUCACGGCCGACUCGCGCAAGAGCCAGCUCCGCUUCUCGGGCGGCAGCUGCUGCGACACCCUGCCGGCCCGCCCGCCGCCCGACGAGCCCGCGCCGCUGCUCGGGGAGGACCCUGCCGCCGCCCGCCGCGCCGAACCCGACCCCGACCCCGACGCUCCCCCG